AUGGCUUGUCCCGUCACGUAUUCCCGGCGCAAUAUCUUGAUUCUGCCAUUCUUACUUCCAUCGUGGUCGGAAUCAGCUGCUUCAACCGUUGUAUGCCGGAGAUACCAGUCAACUUUCCGUCGCCUGAAGCAACGCCUACGAGUGAAACCUGAUGCCUCAUUCAGCCCUCUCUCUGCUAAUUCGCCUGAGCGAAUUAUCUACAAUCCUCCCUCCAGUGCCCCUUCAGUAUACCACACCCCUACCAAAUUCCUCCCACCAGAUGACGUCCGCCGGAAACUGCGCGCCUCUUCGUUCCCUGGAGACCCACAGCAACAACAACAGCAAAACACUCACAACUCCCACCGGUCUUUCGACAAAAAAGCCAAACCAAAACCAUCUUGGCUACGGCUAGAGGACCCCAUGAAGUGGAGCAGAUAUGCUCUGGCUCAGAAAUUCGGAUGCAGCACCCAUUUCGUCAUGCAGGUGUGCGAUGCUGGUCCGCAGAAGAAGGCUAUCCAGCAGCAGGUCCUUGAAGCUAUCAAAUCGCGCUGGGGCAAGAAGCGGACGAUUGCUAGGGAGGAUAGACAGCUCCGGAAAGAGUUAUGGGCAACGGAUCAAUAA